AUGAAGCUUGUUACUCUUAACUAUAGCCUAAGUAAGGAGUCCAGCCAGUCAUCUGAGACACAGCAAGAAACAGGACCUGCUGGCGACCCAGCAMCAAAGGRAGAAAUACUUGAACAGUAUGCUGACUGCUUUAAAGGUAUCGGGUGUUUCAGUGGUGAGUUCCAUAUCACACUGGACCCUGCAGUACCUCCUGUCAUUCAUCCACCACGAAGAGUCCCUGAAGCAUACCAUGAGCCUCUGCGAGAGCAACUUGAAUCUCUCGUACAACAGCAGAUAAUUGCAAAAGUCGAUGAACCUACAGACUGGGUCAACUCGCUGYUCUGCCAGUCUAAACGGGACGGCUCCCUAAGACUAUGUCUUGAUCCCAAGGAUCUCAACCGAGCAAUCAAGCGCCCACACCAUCGUACUCCAACCCUUGAUGAAGUUCUCUCUAAGCUUAAUGGAUCAGAAUUCUUCUCCAUCGUGGAUGCUCGAAGUGGCUAUUGGAACAUUAAYCUAGAUCAUGAAAGCUCACUUUACACUACUUUUAAUUCACCCUUCGGGCGAUACAGAUUUCUCCGCCUUCCAUUUGGCCUCAUCUGUGCUCAAGACAUCUUCCAAAAGAAAGUAGACGAGACCUUUGMCGACCUGCAAGYAGUCACAGGCAUCACAGAUGAUAUUAUUGUCUAUGGAAAAAAUCGUCAGGAACAUGARAACAACCUUAAGGCUAUAAUGGAACGUGCUCGUGAAACUGGUCUUAAGUUCAACGCUGACAAGUGCAAAUUUGCCAGCAAGGAACUUGUUUUCUUUGGUCACACUCUCAGUGCUGACGGUCUAAAGCUCGACCCAAGCAAAAUCAAAGCCAUUGACAACAUGGAUCCURCAGMAAGUCUAGUUGACCUUCAGACAUUCCUAGGUAUGACACAAUACCUUAGCCGAUUUAUACCAAACCUUGCUUCUACAGCCGCAGUCCUUUGGGACUUGACCAAGAAAACCAGUGAAUUCAGAUGGGGACCUGAACACCAGAAAGCAGUACAAGAGAUAAAGAAGCUUAUCGUAUCCCCAGCUUCACUCCAAUAUUUCGACGGAACAAAACCAGUGAUUGUCCAGGUAGACGCAUCUCAACGUGGCCUUGGUGCUACACUUCUUCAAGAGAAAGGACCAGUCGAAUACAGAAGCAAACUCCUCACAGAGGCUGAAAGAAGAUACUCUAACAUAGAGAGAGAAAUGCUUGCAAUAGUUCAUGGCCUAGAGAAGUUUCACUACUAUGUGUAUGGUCGUCACGUGAUUGUCCAAACAGACCACAAACCGCUGGAAGCAAUUUUCAAAAAACAUCUAUCAAGUGCGCCACCUCGUAUUGCCCGGAUGAUGCUCCGAAUCCAAAAAUAUGAUGUUGAAAUCAAYUAUGUCCCUGGUAAGGAUAUACCUCUCGCUGAUGCACUCUCACGACUUAACCCAUGUCACGGUGAUGCAAUCUCCGGCCUCGAUGUUUCAAUACACGAGCUACACCGUCACCUCAACGCUACRCCAACAAGGAUAAAACAGAUCCAAGAAGAAACCAUGAAUGACACCGAACUCCACAAACUUCGUGCAGUCAUUUCUCAAGGUUGGCCUAACAAGAGAUCUGAAUGUCCUACAAUCCUACACCCGUACUGGAACUAUCGAGAUGAACUUACUGUCGCCGAUGGACMAGUACUUAAGGGUACACGCAUCGUGAUCCCUAAGAACCUGCAAUCAGAAGUUCUUCAGCAACUCCACUAUGCUCACCAGGGUUCUGAGAAAUGCAAACUUAGAGCCAAGGGAUCAGUAUUCUGGGCAAAUAUAAAUGCCGACAUUGAAAACAUGGUCAAAGCAUGUCCAGCAUGUCAACACAAUCAGCCUAUGAAUACUAAGGAACCGCUUAUGCCUCACGAUAUUCCAUCCAAGCCCUGGCAUACUUUAGGAUCUGAUCUGUUCUUUUGGAAUGGUUCACCAUAUCUACUCAUCUCUGACUACUUCAGCAAAUUUCCCAUUGUGCGCAAGCUGAACAACAUUCAAUCAUCUACUGUCAUCGCACACCUUAAAG